AUGGAGGCUAUGGACUACAAUUACUUCGCUUCCGCCCAGCAACCUUACCAGUAUAUGGGUUACGGCGAUGCUGGGUUGCUGUCUUCCACUGGAGAGGUCAUUGGAGCCACUCCUAGUAUGGAAGGUCUUAAUUCAGGUUCAUUCUCGCUCAGCAACUUCGACUACCAAUUCGACACAUCUCUGGGCCAAGGCCUGACACCGCUACCAACUGCAUCCGUUUCUCCUCCCCCGCAGCACCUCUCAAUACGGCCAAAUGGCUCCGUGGAUAGUGGGAUAGCUGUAGACAUGGAGCACGAGGGACAUGGUAGAAGAGGCAGCAGCGAAGAGAAGGAUAGCCUCACACCAGCACAAUCGAGAAGAAAGGCACAAAAUAGAGCAGCACAAAGAGCAUUCCGAGAACGAAAGGAGCGACAUGUCAGAGAUCUAGAAGCGAAGCUCAACCUCUUGACCACUACGACUUCAUCUUUGCAGUCAGACAAUGAACGCCUAAAGCUCAUGCUGCAAAGAGCACAAACCGAAAACGAGAUCCUCCGCGCUACUGCGUCUUCUUCACCCACAUCGCAUCACCCUCCCAGUUUCGUUGACGACCCAAGCUUAUUGCCUUCCCAUAGACCUUCGAAGGGGUCUCCUAAACCACACUUGGACGCAGCAAGACUAGCAAAUGGACUGCUCUCAUCAGAUUCAACAUCACCGAGAUAUGGAAGCUCACCCGGGAGCGAUAGCAAUCUCCUCUCGGCAAGCGCGACGUGGGAUUUGCUACAAUCACAUCCACUGUACCUCUCCGGUGCCGUCGACAUUGGAGAGGUCUGUGAACGCUUGAAGAAGAUGGCACGGUGCGAUGGGAUGGGACCCAUGUUUGGCGAGGACGAGGUACGGCAAGUCAUCGAAGAGGUUGGUAGGAGUGGAAGUGAUGAAUUGAUCUGA